AUGUGGGGUCGCACAUUCGUUUGCCUCUCUGUCGCUCGCUGGUGGUGCACUGCUGAGCGUUCCUUCGCCUUUCCAGCAGUUCGAGGGGGCCCUUUCCCCCCGUCAUUCGACGCCUCCCUCGGUGCCUUCCUUUCCCCGAAGCCCCCCAGUCGGCCCAAGAGAGCGCUGGCUUCCAACGCAUUCAGCGGCAGCAGCAGCAGCACUCACAACCAGAGCCCAUCUAUUUCGUCCGCUCAAGGCAGACUCUCUGCGGUUCGUGCCUUGAUGCACGAGCAUCAGCUGGACGCUUGGCUCGUGGAUGAUGCAGAUGCUCACGGCAGUGAAAUUCCUUCACCCGCCUUCGCAAGGCGGAGCUUCCUCUCCUCCUUCGAUGGCUCGAACGGACUUGCACUCUUGACACAACAAGACGCCCUGCUAUGGACUGAUGGACGCUACUUCACCCAGGCGGAACAGCAGCUGCCAAAGGGUCUGUGGCGCCUCAUGAAAAGCGACUUUGGCGAUACUCCGACCCUCACGCAGUUCCUCAAGCAACAAACACAGAUCCGCCGACUGGGAGUUGAUGGCUUUUCCACCUCAACUAGCCUUCUCAAUCAAAUAAGAGAGGCGGGUUUCCACCUCUUCAGGGGAGCCUCAGUCCCCCAGGAAUCUUUGGACACUUCCUGGCGGUACGUUGUGCCUCUUGAAAAAAACCUCGUGGAUGAAGUGUGGGGCCCUUUAAGGCCUCCUCUUCCGAGCAGCCAGGUGUAUGUACACCCCAAGGAAUACAGGGGUUCUUCCACCCGGGAGAAGGCAGCGAAGGCGGUGGAAGCGAUGGCCAAAGAAGGAGCUGAUAUUAUGUUGCUUUCGAGCCUUGACGACGUGGCCUGGCUGACAAACUUGCGAGGCGCAGACACCCCCAACAGCCCCCUGUUUUACGCAUACGCGUUGCUAGUCAGGAAGACUCCUGAGAAAUCUUCUGGUGAUGGGGUUCGCGAAGGGGAAGAAGGAGGCUCACUGCCUUGGCGUUUGGUGGUGUACACUGACCCCCACCGGGUGUCUCCUGAGGCAAGGGCCUCGCUCACGCAAGAGGGGGCUUUCCUGCGCCCCUAUGACCACUUGGCUAGCGACAUCCGGCUCAUCCUCAGCUGUAAGGAGGAGGCGCGGCAGCAACAACACCAGCAGUCUCAGCAGGAUCAGCAGCCAAGAGAGACGCAGCAACGGCAGAACACGCAGCAACAAAAGCAGGCUCACCUGGAUGGAAGCCUCCUUGCGAAGGUGGAUUGGAUUUUAUCAGGGGGUUCAGACUGCCCCUGCACACCGACACCCAAGUCGAUGAUUCAGGAGGCCUCAGAAGCGAUGCGUUUAGCAUGGCUUGAUCCAAAGAUCAACCUCGCAAUACACCGCAUCUUCGCAGAGUCAGGAAAUCUCCUGGUUAAGGAAACCCCCGUCGCUGUUGCGAAGGCCGCCAAGGACGCGAGAGAGAUCAAGGGAAUGCGAGAAGCACACGAGGAGGACGCUGUAGCUCUCGCCACUUUCUUCUGCUGGUUCGAAAAGCAGCUGCUUGCGAACGCAAAGGCAGCAGCUGACAGCAGCUCCCAGCAGCAGGAGCAAGAAGACGCACAGGGGUGUCUGCUGACCGAGUGGACUCUUAAGGAAGCUGUCGAUGCGGCGAGGAAAGACAUGACAAAUCUGUUCAAGGGGCCUUCCUUCAAUUCCAUUUCAUGCUUUGGAUCCAACUGUGCCCUGGCCCACUACAGGCCAGACCCUAAGACGAGCUUGGAGUUGCAAGCAUCGCUGUCUCGCUCUGACGGUGCACUCACCGUUUCGGUAAGGGCCCCCGGGGGGGGGCCUCCUGCCCACGAGGAGGUUCCCAUGUUUCUGCUAGACUCUGGCGGACAGUAUCUCACGGGGACGACUGAUGUCACGAGGACGCUGCACUUGGGAAGUCCAACACAGGAGCAGAAGGAAGCAUACACCCUCGUGCUGAAGGUUGGUUCUUCUGACUGUUCUACAG